ACAUAAUCAUACGUUCUGUGGUGCCAUAAGCAAUGCAAUGAGAAAAUCAUGAAGAUAUCUUCUUCUCUCAGAGAAUCUAUAAUAAAGUAUACGUCCUGUAAGCUACAAGCGGUUCACCCUAAGAUAACUGGAAAACCCCUUUCGUCGCAGAAGUGAUCGGUCCCCCAAUUGGCGUCUACGCCAGAGUUUAACUUAACAAGUGUGCCGUGCCAAGUCUAGCAAACUUACCGGUAAGAGUUUGCCCUGUGUGACUCGCUCAAACUAGCACCAUGGAGGAACGGAGAACUUUUCACGUGGCGGACUAUGUCGUCUUCUCCCUGAUGUUAGUCAUAUCUGCCGGGAUCGGGGUGUACUACCGCUGUACAGGAGGGAAACAGAAGACAACCCGAGAGUUCCUGAUGGCGGACCGUAAGAUGGGGGUCCUGCCGGUCGCCUUGUCGCUCCUCGCCAGCUUCACCUCCGCCAUUACCCUGCUCGGCGGACCGGCGGAAAGCUACACCUUCGGGACUCAAUUCUGGGUCAUCAUCUUCUCUUAUUUCUUCACUUUCCCGGUCUGUGGGCAGGUGUUUUUGCCGAUAUUCUACCGGCUAGAACUCACCAGCGCGUACGAGUAUUUAGAAAUGCGGUUCUCUCGUCCCGUUAGAAUCCUGGGAACGUGCAACUACAUGUUACAAAUGGUGGUGUACAUGGGGAUCGUGCUGUUUGCUCCAGCUCUGGCCAUCCAAGCCGUUACCGGGUUGAACGUCUGGAUCUCUGUUGUGUCCAUGGGAGUAGUCUGCACGUUUUACACCACUAUUGGCGGCAUGAAGGCCGUGAUCUGGACAGACGUGUUCCAGUGUGUGAUCAUGUUUGCCGGGAUGAUCGCGGUGCUGAUCAAGGGCAGUAUCCAGGCGGGCGGGAUCGCAACGGUCUUCAGGCUGGCCGCCGAGUCGGACAGGAUAGAGUUCUUCAACUUCAGCCCAGACCCGACCAUACGUCACACUGUGUGGUGCCUUGUGGUUGGUGGAGCGUUCAACAACAUGGCGGUCUACGCGACCAAUCAGGCGCAAGUACAGCGGUACCUGUCUGUUGGCACGGAGAAACAGGCCAAGCGAGCGAUGUGGCUGAACCUCCCCGGAGUGAUCCUGUCCAUCAGUAUUGUCCAGUUGUGCGGACUGAUAAUCUACGCGCGGUACCACGGCUGUGAUCCGCUCAAGAACAACGUGGUCGCCAGGUCCGACCAGCUGCUGCCGUACUAUGUGAUGGAAGUCCUGGACAUCCCCGGUCUACCCGGGCUCUUCAUAGCAGGAAUCUUCAGUGGAGCUCUCAGUACGAUAUCAUCCGGUAUCAACUCACUGGCAGCCGUGACUCUAGAAGACCUGAUCAAACCAACACUCAAGGUGCUGAAGAAAAAGGACAUGACUGAAGAAAGAGCCACUCUGGUGUCCAAAAUACUCGUGGUGGUGUUUGGAGGACUGUGCAUGCUGUUUGCCGUGCUCGCCUCCACCAUGGGCCAGGUACUGCAGGCUUCUAACAGCGUAUUCGGUGCUAUCGGUGGACCUUUGCUGGGCCUGUUUUCCUUGGGAAUGCUGUUUCCAUGGGCUAACUCAGCAGGGGCGAUAGUUGGCCUCAUAACUGGCAUCUUCAUGGCGUUUUGGAUCGCUAUCGGAGCCAAGAUCUUUCCCCCUUACUCACCGACAAAGUCUACAUCUAUAGCAGACUGUAUCCUACCCAAUGUAACCAUGGCAAAUAUAACCACGGCCACUGUACCAUUCGUAACGGACGUUUAUAGCAGUACACUGAUGCCGACGGUUGAGCCGAGGCCGGCGAUAUCAGAGCUGUACACACUAUCGUACAUGUGGUACAGCGCUACAGCGUUUGCCGUGGUGGUAGUGGUGGGACUGGUGGUCAGCGUGAUUACUGGAGUCAACAAGCCUGGCCAGGUGGACCCGCGGCUGAUCUGCCCCGUGUUUGACCGGCUGUGCUGCUGCCUGCCGCUGCCUCAGUCAUGGAGACACGCCCUGCACUGCGGGGUCCGACAGUCACAGCAGGAAGACCAGGACCAAUUGGAGGGUGGUUCUCCUGACACUGCUGCAAGACUGUCUGAAUCUAUCCCAGCCCAAGAGGAACAGACCAGCCCUGAAGCCCCCAAACCACGCCGGCAGCAGACAAGAGUAUAAGUAUGCCCCGCUAAACUUAUCUUGUAUUGCAAAGGUUCUAAAUAUUUUUCCCAUGACUUGAUCAUUUAUGUACCUAGUGUAGUGUUGUUAGUACUAUUAAUGUGUGGUGUGCUUUGGUGUGUUAUGGUGUGUGGUAUGGUGUGUGGUAUAGUGUGGUGUGGUGUGAGUUGCUUGUGAGUGGCUGGCAACACAGUAGUUUUGCAAACUCUUGGCAUAAGUAAGACUCACACCAUGUCAGUUCAUUCAAACCACUGAACUACCACAGAAGAGCAACAAUAAAUGUGUUAUCCAUUUAUUUUAUCACCAAUGUUCAUAAACUAUUCCUCUUGUAAAAUACAAAAGACAGUUAUAAAACUUCUCUUUUUUGAGUACUCAUGUAGAGUCAUCUCAAAUUUUUUCAUCAUUUACAGGUUAUAACACAUCAUGGUCAGCUAGAACUGCAAAAAAUUACUAUACAGAAAUCUUAGAUAUCUUCUGCAUGAGUAACCGAUUCCUCUAAACAUAAGCUUUCCACUCUUAAUUUGCAUUGUAGAUAUGAGCUUUAUAUCCAAAAAAGCUCCCCCCUCCUAAUUUGCAUGUGAAUGCAAGCUUUAUAUCCAAAUAAGUUCUCCACUCCUAAUUUGCAUUGAAAAAGCUUUAAGAGUAAAUAUGUGCAUACCUAUCUUUGUUAUCUUACUUUUGUUUGAGUUACCUGUAUGUUAUUAUAGUUUAUUGAAAUGGACUUUUGUACAAUUAUUUUCAUACACAUCCUAUUUUUACUGCAUGUUGUGACUUUGAUAAGCCUCAAUUAAAAUCUUUCAUAUAUCUUU